AUCUCUCUCAGACCAAACUCUCACACUCGCUUUCAAAACGCUGCGUUCCAUUCUCUCCAAACAAUAACACCACCACCCACUCCCUGUCCUCUCUGUACGUAAAUGGAGGCGCCGGAAUACUUCGUCGGUGGCUAUUACGGCGCCGGAGGACAGGACCAAUUCUCGCCGGCGGAGAAACGCCACACCGACCAGAAACCCGGCGAGCCUUUUGCCAUCGACGACCUCUUCGAUUUCUCCAAUGCCGAUGCUAUUAUGUCCGAUGGUUUCUUCGACAAUGUCGCCGGAAACUCCACCGACUCCUCCACCGUCACCGCCGUUGACAGCUGCAACUCCUCAAUUUCCGGCGGAGACAACAACCGCUUCGCCGCCGCCAUUGUCCCCCGUGGCUUCGCCAGUGAUCUCCACCUCUCCGGCGAGCUCUGUGUUCCGCAGUAUGAUGAAAUGGCUGAACUGGAAUGGCUCUCGAAUUUCGUGGAAGACUCGUUCUCCGCGGAGGAGGAGCUGAGAACGCUGAAGCUUCUCUCUGGCGCCGCCGCUACCACCACCGUAGGCACCAAGCCGCAGACUCCGGAAUCCUCCUCCUCCACCGACACUCUCCCGCCGUUCGCCGCGGAUGACAGCACCCGCAACGCGCCGUUCCUCAUCUCGGAAACCCCGCUCCCGGGGAAGGCGCGGAGCAAGCGGUCGCGACCGGCGCCGGGGGACUGGUCCACGCGCCUCCUCCAUUUGGUCUCUCCCUCCGACGCGCCUUCGCAGCAACAGAAGGUUGCGCCGGUGAAGAAGCGGGAGGGGCUGAACACGGAGUGCACCGGGAGGAAAUGCCUCCACUGCGGCGCGGAGAAGACGCCGCAGUGGCGGACGGGGCCGAUGGGGCCGAAGACCCUCUGCAAUGCGUGUGGUGUGAGGUUCAAGUCCGGGAGGUUGGUGGCGGAGUAUCGUCCGGCGGCGAGCCCGACGUUUGUGUCGGCGCGGCACUCGAAUUCUCACCGGAAGGUUUUGGAGCUGAGGAGGCAGAAGGACAUGCAGCGGCAGCAGCAGCAGCAACUGAUGAGUCAGAGUUCGAUUUUCGGCGGAUCCAACGGUGGAGAUGAGUUCAUGAUCCGUCAUCAUCAUCAGCAUCAUCACCAUCAGCAGCAGCAGCAGCAGCAGCAGCAGCAGCAUUGUGGGCCAGAGUUUAGGCAUGUUAUCUAGUGAGUGCUAGCCUAGUUUAAUUUAGGGUGGAGGUUUAAGUUUUAAUUAACUAUCUUCAGCUUUGGCACUCUUUUGUUUUUAUCUGAAAAUUUUGUCUUAUAAAUUUGAAUUUUGUAGCUUUUCUAAUUUUACUCUUUUUCCUUCGUGGCAAAAAGUCAGAAAAGUGAAAAGUAAAAAAGAAAAAGAACUGUUGAAUUAUGGGGAGGGGUAAACUAGGGAAGAACAACUGCAUUUGGUUGUAGAAUGAGAAUCUACUCUUGAUUGCCUCCUUGCCCAAUUUGGCAAAUUUGGAAUCAAAAUCUUGUUUUAUUGGAAAUAAGCAUGAAUAAAAACUCAAGAAGAAAAUACUCCUAUGAGUAA